AUGAUACAAAGUCGAAUGGUCACUGGUCGUGAAAGUCAAGUUUGCAUACCUUCGGUGGUAUCAAAUAAUGUUCAACACAAUUCCCCUAAUACUGUAUCAGUAUUAACGUCAAAUACAAAUCCAACGACAUCAACACCCAAACGGGGGUUAAAUGCAAGUGAUGAAUUUAUCGAAGUGAACUCAAAGCGUCGUAAUCAAGGUUAUAUACAAAACAGACAUAAAGAUUUUCAGCGUUAUCACAAUGUCGGUUCACAAAAUCAGCAAUUCCAAAGAAAUAAUAGAAUAGAGAAUGCAAAUAACAGAAAUGAACGUCUCGCAUCACCAAAAACAAAUAAUCAGAUAAAUCAAAAUAAAUAUGGGGUACCAUUCGACCAUCUAAAGCGAGCGGUAGUCUAUAAUCUGCCGUGUUUCACAG